GCUCCUGGCUAUGGAGCUGCUGGGGUGAGACCCCAGGUGCACUCACAGCCCUGCCCCGUGGUGCUGCCUGGCCACUGAACCUGGCCUGUCCCACAAAAAAGGGUCCCCGAGUCUAGGACCCCUGGGCAUCUGCUCCCCCUCUGCUCCUUGGGCACCCUGGGCUCCCUGACCUCCCUGCCUUGGUUUUCCUGCUGCAGAGCAGGCUGGCAGCAUGGGAAUGGGGCAAUGGGCAAUCAGGGGGUCUCCAGAAGUCUGGGGAAGGAUGGACAUGAAGAAGAAGGAUGUCUGUGAGCUCUGGGUGUGGCUUGAUCCUGAGCAUCUCCUGGGCUCCAUCCCAUGAACCCGGACCCUCUCCAGCAGUGGGGUCUGAGCCUGCUGCUACCAGCCUAAGAACCCUUCUGAGGGCGCUGGGCUGUGGCUCAGCCUGGGGUAGAACACCAACAUAGCCAUUCUCUGGCACGGAGGACCCUGAGGCAGGAUCCGUGCCACCACUGACGGACCCUGGAACCAGUGGGAACAGCCAGGAGGGGGCCCCUGGCGUGCAUGUCACAUUCCUCCCCGUACAGAGCAGAAACGGGGCAGCGCUGGGUCCUGGCGUGCUCCGGGCUGGGUCUCACACAAGGCUGCAUUCAUCUGGAACUGGGGGGGACAGGGCCAGCACUGUCACCUAAGCCAGGCACAGGUUACCCCGGCUCUUGUGUAACCUGUUGCAUAAAGCUGGCGUGGGCAGGAGUGCUGCCAGCAGUGGGGGCUAUAAAGUGGGUGCAGCCUCUCCUGCCCACAUCCACUCCAGGGUGAGGAUGGCAGCAGCACUGUCCAGCCUGGCUCUAGCCCUGCUCUGCCUGCUGCAGGCAGGAGCCCAGGUGCCCGUGCAGCCGGACCUGGACACCGAGAAGUUUGCAGGGGAGUGGCAUGUCACAGCCAUUGCUUCCAACUGCUCCGUCUUCCUGAAGAUGAAGGAUGGGAUGAAGUCAUCCACGGCCAUCGUCAGCUUCACACCAGAAGGGGACCUGGCCAUGAAGUUGGUCUUACCCCUGAUGGACAAAUGCCAAGAGUUUGAGCUGCUCUUCCAGCAGAGUGGGCAGGCGGGGCGCUACAUGGGAGCACAAGAGAAGAGGAAUCUGUGUGUGAUGGAGACAGACUACAGCCACUACGCUGUCCUGCACGAGGUCCAGCACAGCGAGGCAGAGCCCAGCACGGCGCUGCAGCUCCUCAGUAUGUUGGGAGUGGGGACCUGGCUCCUGGAAAGGGAUGAGGGCACCAGCAGCAGGCAGGGACUGGGCUCCCCACCACUACCCAGGGCCACCACCAGCAGCACCCCAUGUCCAUCACCUAGGGAAUUAAUUUUGGGGUGAAUGAAACCUUGCACUAAAGUAAUCCCCAGCUGGUUGCGGGUUGAACCAGAGCCCCCUGCCGUGUGCAAGCCCAGCUGCAGCAUCCCAAGCCUGCCAGCCACCCCAAACCACCCCAAACAAAUGGGUCGCUGAUCCCAAGCGGCUUGUGACCCUUUGCUGCCAGCCCAGGGCAGCUGUGAGUCCACCCUGCGUGUUCAUGGCUUCACCUUGGCCCUUCCCUGGGGUUCAGCUGCUGCCCCGCAGUACCGGAGCCCCAGUGUGGGGCUGGCUGUG